UUGGUACUACACAAUUUUCCUCUAUAUAAAUUCAUUCACCACCUUCAUUCAACAACAAAACCAUUCCCACCACAGCACAGUUCCAACUUCCUUCUGUUCUGUAUUUAAAUUCCACCAUGACCCAUCCCAUUCUAUUGCUUGGACUUUUAAUAGUAGCAUACUUUAGUGGUUCUCAAGCUGAAAAUUCCUUCUCACAGUACUGGGAGGAGCAUAUUGAUCUUUCACACCCUCCAUAUUGGUUAGCUGCAAAGGCUUCUCCUUUAAGUCUUCAUCAAGAAAUAGUGUUUAUAAAACUUAUGGAGGAAAAUGAAUUGACUUCCCACCUGCAUUCAUUAUGUAAACAGGCUAAUAUUGCUUGUUCUACAAAUUCACUGGUGAAGAAGAAAACAGAAGACGCAACCCUACCACCAAUAGCCCAGUGGAAUGCUAUCAAAGAGGUAUAUGAUCAUUUUCAAAUUGAGACACCCCAGUCAACUGUCAGCCAAGGAGGAUUUCCAUUUUUCCGGGAAUCAAUGGUGAAAGAGGGAGGUUUCAUGUCUAUCCCUGAUCUAAGGGAUCCAAUGUCAUAUAAAUCAUUCUUGCCGCGAUCUCUAGCAUCAAAAAUUCCAUUUUCCUUUGCCCGAAUUGAGGACUUAAAGAAGAUUUUUGGUGUGAUAGAUGAUGAAUCAAACAUGGAUAAGUAUAUUCAAGAGACACUCAAGAUAUGUGAGAAGACUCACAUUCGAGGAGUGCAGAGCACUUGUGUGACUUCUGCAGAGGAUCUCAUCGAUUUUGUUGUGAAGAAGUUAGGGCACCAUGUAAGCGUAUGGAGUACUGAGAACAUAGAAGGAUCUUAUGAGAAUAUCACAAUUGGAGCUGUGAAACUCAUAUAUGGAAACCUCUCUGAACCACCAGCCCUAUGUCAUAGUGAGCCAUUCCCAUUUCAAGUUUAUUAUUGCCAUGCUUUACAGAAAGUAAAAGUAUAUGUAGUUGAUAUACAUGCUCAAAAGAAAGUGAAUCAUGCAAUCAUGGCAUGCCACUAUGACACAUCAAUGUGGGAUCCAAACCAUAUUGCUUUUAAGUUGCUUGGUUUUGGCCCUGGCCUAAUUGAAGUCUGUCAUUGGAUAAAUGAGAAUGGAAUGGUCUGGACAAAGACUCUAGGUUGAGCAGCA